AUGGAUACCCGGCUCACAGAACCACGCACCGGCCACGGUGCUGUUUUGUCGUUUGACUGUCUGCUGUUAAUCCAGCCGCAGUCGAUGCAAAUUAUCGAUAGCGUCCGCGGUGUCGUACAACAAAGACUCGCAGGAACCGGGGAGGGUGCGACCGGAGGAGCUACCUUCAGUGGCACCGCUGUUGCCGGCGUUGGCUCCGUUCCACGAUACAUCGCUGCCGCUCAACAACAAAAAGCUCUGGUGGCCUUUUGGGACCUCAAGAAGGAGGCGGUUGCGUAUCAAGCCGCAACCCCUGAAGUGAUGAGUACACUUGCGUUCCACCCCAAUGGGUGUUUGCUCUUCGCCGGCAGUCGUAGUGGCUGUCUGUACUGCUGGCAGCUCACUGGGGUGUUGCCACUUCCAGCAAAGGCUCUGUGUGCGAGAUCUUCCGAAGGCGCCUCGCUACUUCGACGCUGUUGGCCUGCCCAUUACGGGGCAUGCGCAGCGCUUCUCGUUGAGGAAGACAGAGUUAUCAGCGCUGGCACAGACGGCAGCAUCAAACAAUUCUCGUUGUACGACAUUCUAUCAACCAGCGAGGAUAUGGAGAGAGGACAAUCAUUGCAGGCCGCUGACUGCGCUGUGAAAAUCUCUCAAAGUUGGUCUGGGCAUUCACAGGCUGUCACUGCCCUGUGUAAUCCUUCUGGCGAAUCCGAUGUAUGUGGCGUCCGCGCGCCCUGUCUAGUGUCUUCCUCGCUUGAUCGCACCAUAAAGGUGUGGAGCCAGCACAAAGGCGGCCCUAUUGGAACGUUUCUCCUACCAGCACCUAGUCGCUGUGUGAUCGUGACCGUGUUGGAAGCAGCACCAUUCAUCUGCGCGGCAUGUGAUGAUGGUCUCAUUCACCUUCUACCUUUGAGAGCUACAGCGGUUUCCGAUGGAUCCGCCCAGCAAAACGCUGUUGGGCAGUCGGCUGUGGCCUCGCUGAAGGACUUCGGUGGGCACCGUAAUCAGACCGGUACUGAGGUGUCAGCUCGUCGCACGCGAUACCUCAGAGGUCACACUGGGGCCGUGAUCAGUUGCGUACUGCUGAGUGAUAACAAACUUGCCAGUUGUGCAGCGGAUGGCGUGCGGUUCUGGGAACUGACGUCUGGUGCAACCAUCAAGCACAUUGGUCACGUUGGUGGCCUGCUUAUGGGAAUGCAAGUUUUGAGUGCAUCGACGGAUUGUAACCUUCUUCUUCUUCCACCUCUGGCACCGCUUCGACGUGCCCUGGCUCAGCCGACUGAAACCGGGACAAUUCGCAUCUUGGAAAGAGGCGCAAUGCGCCGCCAGAUGCACCAUGGCCAGCGGGGGGCUCCUUACAACUCCCAUGUGGAACAGACAUGGGCCGGAUGUCGGCACGCAGGUCCACGUGCGUGGUUCCGACAUUAUGACGCUGUUCAAUCGCGACUUCUCUGCACGGAAAGAAUGCAGGCGAUGCCAUAA